AUGCUCAUUAUCGGCCUAACCGGCUCCAUCGCCACCGGCAAAUCCACCGUCUCCCGCAUCCUCUCCCAACCCCCCUACUCCCUCCCCAUCAUCGAUGCCGACCUCCUCGCCCGCAAGGUCGUCGAGCCCGGCACCCCGGGCUAUCGCGCCAUCCUCAAGCACUUCCUGCCUACCACGCCCGACCUGCUUGUCCCCGUCGGUCCUGACAUGCCCGAGGACGGACCGGAUGGAAAGGGGAGACCAAUUAAUCGCCCAGUGCUUGGGAGAAGGGUAUUUGGCGAUGGGGAGGAGGAGACCAAGAAUAGGAAGGUGCUGAACGGGAUUGUGCAUCCUGCUGUGAGGUGGGAGAUGUUCAAGGCCGUGAUGAAGGCGUAUUUUCAGGGUUAUCAGGCGGUUGUGUUGGAUGUGCCAUUGUUGUUUGAAUCGAGGCUGGAUCGGUUUUGUGGCUCUGUCGUCGUGGUGGCUGUAUCGGAUCCCGAGACGCAGUUGGCUAGGCUGCGGGCGAGGGAUCCUCAUUUGACGGAGGAGGAUGCGAGGAGGAGGGUUAUUUCCCAGGGGGAUGUGAGGGAGAAGGCUACGAGGGCGGAGACAAGGGGGAAGGGUAGGGGCGCAGUUGUGUGGAAUGAUGGGGAUAGGGAAGAUUUGAAGAGGGAGGUCGAUAAGGUGGUGAAGGAGUUGCUUGGCGAGGGAGUUACUAGGGGGUAUAGUCCGAGGUGGUGGGCCUGGUUGCUUUGGGGGUGCCCCCCUUUGGCGGCGGCUGUGGCAGCUUGGGAGUAUAAUAAGAAUCAGAAGGCUAAUAAGGAUUGGGAGAGGGAGAGGGCGAAAUUGUAG